GGGGGACUUUGCCACAGAGGGGCACGUACUUCUCCAAGGAUUUAUAGCAGCAUGGUGUUAGAGGCACCUCUCAAAUAUCAGGGUGGGCGAGGGUUUGUGGAGAGGAGCAACUCUGAGAGAGCCCAGGACUCUGAGCAGUUCACAAGGCUGGAGAGCAGAAUUCUGAAUCUUCACAGAAGAUAAAGAUACCAGGAUGUGGAAGCAAGCCAAACUGGCGGAUCAGACCGCCACAGGGCAGGGCACUGACGGGAUGAUGCAGAAGAGAAAAGGCACAAAAAGAAGAUCAAAAGUCCCAGGUGUCAUGAUCACACAGUAUGUGGACGAUCUCCCAGAAGGAAAAAGCACCCCGGAUUUCACCCGCAAACCCAUCGCCUUGACUAUUCAGGAGGGUAAAUUGGCCAUUUUCAAAGCAGUGGUGAUCGGGGAGCCUGUUCCAGUUGUAACCUGGAAUAGAGCCAAAGGGAAUAUUGAUGAUCCGGAGAUGUAUCAGAUCAAAUUUGACCCGGCAUCUCGUGAGCACACGUUAGAGAUGCCCAAAGUAUCUGCGGAUCAAGCAGACACCUACAAGUGCUAUGCUACGAACGAAUACGGAAAGGCUGUUUGCCCUGUCGUCCUCAAUAUCAUAGAAGUUGGAUACAAGAAGAAGAAGGCAAUGGCAGAUGCACGUAAAGCUCCAUCCAAGGAUCCAACUGAGUUUAGAAAAAUGCUGAGGAAAUGCACUCAACAGAAGGAAAAGAAAGAUGGGGAACCAGACGAGAAGGUCUGGGAGCUCCUCAUGAGUGCCGACAAGAAGGACUACGAGCGCAUCUGUGCCGAGUACGGCAUCACCGACUACCGCUGGAUGCUCAAAAAACUGAACGAAAUGAAACGGGAGAGAGAAGAGGAACAGUCAAAGGUCAUUCAUCGACUCAGCAACCUGAGACAUAUUGAAGUCAAAGGGGAGGACAUGGCAUCGUUUGAAUUCGACAUGGAACUCAAAGAUGCCAACAGCAGGAUUUUCCUCUACAAGGAUGGUAUAAUGACCCCUUACAGCAAAGAGGAGCAUGACGACGCAAAACAUAGACUGAGGCAAGUCGGCAAAAAGUACAUGUUCUUCAUCAAGAACCUCGGGCCAGAGGAUGCUGGGCUGUACCAGGUUGAUGUUGAAGGCACCAACGUGUUCUCCACCGACUUCAAGAUUCCAACAGUAGACUUCCUCGUCAAGAUCCAGGAAGUGAAAGCAGAAGAGAGAGAGGAUGCCAUAUUUGAGUGUGUGUUGUCCCACCCCAUGCCAAACAUCCUUUGGAUGGGCAAAAACGCUCCACUGAAAGCAGGAGACAAGUAUGACAUCACAGUGUCCGAGGACAAGCUCAUCCACAGGCUGGUGGUGAAGGAUUGUAUGCCCCUAGACGGCGGUAUCUAUGCAGCCGUGGCUGGCAUUAAGUCCACCAAUGCCUGGCUUAUCGUGGAAGCUGACAAGGAUCCUGAAGGACGUGGCAAGAAGAAAGCCCGGAAAACCACCCAGGCUGGGGGACAAGGAGGAGAAGACCUGGAGAAACUGGCCCAGGAGCAGCAGGAGAAACUGAAGAAGGAAAUGCAGGAGAGGAUGGAGGCUGCAAACAAAGCAAAAGCAGAGAAGGCAGCCAUGGACGCUGCAGCAAAGGCAGCGGCAGAAGCAGCAGGAGGAAAAGGCGCCGGAGCUGGAUUAGGUGGUGCAGCAGGCAAGGGAGUGGGAGGAGCAGGAGCAGGUGCUGCAGGAGAAGGAGCAGGAGGAGUGGGAGUGGGAGGUGCAGGAGGCACAGGAGCAGGAGGCAUGGGAGGUACAGGAGAAGGAGGAGUAGGAGGAUUUGGAGUAGGGGGUGUAGGAGUUGGAGGUACAGGAGCUGGUGGUGUAGGAGGCAUGGGAGGAGUAGGAGCAGGAGGUAUGGGAGGUGCAGUAGCUGGUGGUGUAGGAGCAGGAGGUAUGGGAGGUGCAGGAGCUGGUGGUGUAGGAGCAGGAGGCGUGGGAGGCAUGGGAGCGGGAGGUAUGGGAGGUGCAGGAGCUGGUGGUGUAGGAGCAGGAGGUAUGGGAGGUGCAGGAGCUGGUGGUGUAGGAGCAGGAGGUGUGGGAGGCAUGGGAGUGGGAGGUAUGGGAGGUGCAGGAGCUGGUAGUGUAGGAGCAGGAGGUAUGGGAGGUGCAGGAGCUGGUGGUGUAGGAGCAGGAGGUGUGGGAGGCAUGGGAGCGGGAGGUAUGGGAGGUGCAGGAGCUGGUGGUGUAGGAGCAGGAGGUAUGGGAGGUGCAGGAGCUGGUGGUGUAGGAGCAGGAGGUGUGGGAGGUACAGGAGCUGGAGGUGUAGGAGCAGGAGGUGUUGGAGGCAUGGGAGGUGUUGGAGGCAUGGGAGCAGGAGGUGUAGGAGCAGGAGGCAUGGGAGGCACAGGAGCAGGAGGUUUUGGAGCAGGAGGUGUGGGAGGUAUGGGAGGUAUAGGAGCAGGGGGCAUGGGAGGUGUAGGAGGUAUGGGAGCAGGAGGUGUAGGAGCAGGAGGCAAGGGAGGCACAGGAGCAGGAGGUUUUGGAGCAGGAGGUGUGGGAGGUAUGGGAGGUAUAGGAGCAGGAGGCAUGGGAGGUGUAGGAGGUAUGGGAGCAGGAGGAGUAGGAGGUGUAGGAGAAGGAGGCAUGGGAGUUAUGGGAGCUACAGGAGCAGGAGGCAUGGGAGGUGUAGGAGGUAUGGGAGGCAUGGGAGCGGGAGGUAUGGGAGGUGCAGGGGCUGGUGGUGUAGGAGCAGGAGGUGUGGGAGGUACAGGAGUAGGAGGUAUGGGAGGUACAGGAGCUGGAGGUAUGGGAGGUGUAGGAGGUAUGGGUGGUAUGGGAGGUACAGGAGCAGGAGGCAUGGGAGGUGUAGGAGGUGUGGGAGGCAUGGGAGCAGGAGGCAUGGGAGGUGUAGGAGCAGGAGGUAUGGGAAGUGUAGGAGGUGUUGGAGGCAUGGGAGCAGGAGGCAUGGGAGGUGUAGGAGGUAUGGGAGGUACAGGAGCAGGAGGCAUGGGAGGUAUGGGAACAGGAGGUGUGGGAGGUGAAGGAGGUAUGGGAGGUACAGGAGCAGGAGGCAUGGGAGGUAUGGGAACAGGAGGUGUGGGAGGUGUAGGAGGUAUGGGAGCAGGAGGCAUAGGAGGUGUAGGAGCAGGAGGUAUAGGAGGCACAGGAGCAGGAGGUUUUGGAGUGGGAGGUGCAGAUGGUGCAGGAGGAGGUAUUGGAGGAGCAGGGUGUAUGGGAGUGGGGGGUGCAGGAGGGGCUGCAGGAGUGGGAGGUGCAGAUGGUAUAGGAGGAGCAAAAGGUGCUGCACGUACUCAUGGUGGAGGAGCAGGAGGUGGAGAUAAAGGAGGUGCAGGAGGUGGUGGAGCAGGAGGCACAGGCACAGAAGGUGGAAAAGGAGAGGCAGGUGGUGCAGGAGGGGCAGGUGGUGAGAAGGGAGGAGCAGGAGGUGCAGAAGGAGGAGCUGGUGGUGCAGGAGCAGGGGGCACGGGAGGUGGAGAUGGCGGAGCCGGAGGUGAUGGAGGAAAAGGAGGCGGAGGAGAGGGAGGAGAUGGGGACGACUCCAGCAAAAAAAAAAGCGAUGCGAAGAAGAAGCGCAAAGGAGCUGCUGCAGACAAAGCUGAAGACCCAGGCGUUCACUUUACCGCCGGUCUGGAAGACGCAAAGGUCAUUCUUGGCGAGUCAGCAGAGCUUGUGUGUAAGCUGAGCAGUACAGCCACAAAGGGAGCCUGGUUUAAAGAUGGAACAGAGUUGUCCUCCUCUAAAGAGGUCACCAUUUCUAAAGAGGGUGCCACUCACAAGCUGAAAAUCCGUAAGGUCACUGCAGAACAUUCUGGACAGUAUAAAUUUGAGGCGGAAGGACGUAAAACGGAAGCUAUGCUUGCAGUGGAAGAUCCACCAAGGGUUUCUGAAGCUGAAAUGAAAAAUUUCUUGCUGCCCAUGACUGUAAAAACUGGUCAGGCCGCAUCCUUCAGGGUUCAAUUCCUGGGUCGGGAGCCAAUAAAAGCGCAGUGGUACAAAGAGGGCGAGAAGCUAUCGAGUGAGAACAAUGUCAAGGUGGAGAAUGAUGAAGGAUACACCCGGCUGAUCAUACGCAAACUCAACCGUAAGGACUCUGGAGAAAUCAAGUUCAAGAUCAAGAAUGAGUUUGGUGCCGUGGAGGCCAUGACUCAACUUAUUGUCCUCGACAAGCCAACCCCACCCCAGGGCCCACUGGAAGUGAUCGAAUGCUCAUCCGCCUGCAUUGAGAUCAAGUGGAGGCCCCCCAAGGACAACGGCGGUUCAAAGGUGACAAACUACCACAUGGAGCGUCAGCAAGUGGGGCGCAACACCUGGAAGAAGAUCGGGAAUGUCCGCGCUCCCAGCUACAAGGACACAGACGUGGAACACGGGAAGAGGUACUGCUACCGUAUCAAAGCCAUCACAGGGGAAGGAGAAAGCGAGAUGAUGGUGACUGAAGAUGUACAGGCGGGAACUAAAGCAUACCCUGGCCCACCAGCUGCACCCAAAGUGGUCAGUGCUUUCAAGGACUGCAUUAACCUCGCAUGGCUCGCCCCAACUGACACGGGAGGAACCGCCAUUGUGGGCUACAACCUGGAGAAACGCAAGAAGGGCAGCAACCUGUGGAGCCUGGUGAACCCAGCCGAAGAGCCCAUCAAAGAGAAAGAGUAUGCAGUGAGAGACAUCAUUGAAGGGAUGGCAUAUGAAUUCCGAGUGUGCGCGAUCAACUUUUCCGGGUCGGGAGAGCCCAGCGUUGCCUCCGAGUUUGUGUUUGCACGACAGCCCAUGAACAGCCCAGGUAAAGUUCUGCACCUGAAGGUGAUAGAUUCCGACUACAACACCUUGUGUCUGUCCUGGACUAAACCCAAAGAGCAGAAGGACGUCCAUCAUGAAGCCAGAGGUUUCUUUGUGGAGAUUCGGCCAGAAGAGAACCCAGUGUGGACUCGCUGUAAUACCAAUGCCAUGACAAUGACCAGCUACACCAUAAAGGGUCUGAAGCCAAUGGCCAUGUACUACGUCAGGGUGAUCGCCACCAAUGAGGGGGGAAUGGGGGAGCCCCAAGAACUGGAUACAUUUGUCCUGGCCAUGCCUCCUCCUGUGAGGCCCAGAUUCACAGAUGCGAAAAUGAAGAGUUUCAUGGUGGUGAGAGCAGGAAAUUCUCUACGGGUCAACAUCAGCUUUGAGGCCUCCCCCUGGCCAGACGUCAGUUGGCUGAAGGAUGACACACCGGUGUCUAAGAGAGCAACCAUUAGCAACACAGAAGGAACGUCCCAGCUCCUGAUUCCCUCAGCAGAGCGCUCAGACACAGGCAUCUACACCAUCAACGUCAAGAACCUGGUGGGCCAGGAAACCUUCAGUGUUGAAAUCCGAGUCACAGAUGAACCCAAGCCUCCAGGACCAGUGGAGCUUGAUGAGGUUGUUCAGGGCACAGUCACACUGUCCUGGACAGAGUCUCCGGAUGAGAAACGCGACGACCAUCUCCACUACGCGGUAUCCAAGCGCGACUCAGUCAAGCGGACCUGGCACACUGUCGCCGACCACCUCUUCAACAACAAGUUCACCGUCUGCAACAUCAUGCCUGGGCGAGAGUACCGCUUCAGAGUCUACGCCAAGAAUGAUAUGGGCCUAUCUGAGCCUUCUGAAUCACCAGUCUGGGAAAUAACCAGGAAGAAAGAAAAGUUCACUUUCACCGAACGUGAAUCUAAGACCGUCAACUUGGAGAGGCCGCCGAAAUUCCUCACCAGUCUGAAGAUGCACGCGGCUCCACAAGGCUACGAAUGCUACAUGAGCUGUGCUGUUCGGGGCGACCCCGCACCCCACGUCACAUGGUACAGAGACAACGUCAGCCUCAACACCAACACCAACUACUACAUCACCAACACCUGCGGCGUGUGCUCCAUGCUAAUCCUCAGAGUCGGGCCCCAUGAUUCAGGAGAGUACAAAGUCAUCGCCGAAAACCAACUGGGGCGAGCGGAGUGCUCCACCAAACUCACCGUCAGAGAAUAAAGCAACUUCAUGUUCAAGCGACAGCACUAGGUUUUGACACCGUUUUUAAAUCCAUUUUUUUUCUGGAAUUCUUGCUUCUUUUUUUUAUGUAGAGACAACUUGUUGUGUAUAUUUUAAAAGAAAAAUAUUAAAUCUAUUACUGGUAAACACCUUAAUUUAGAAGCAGUAUAAGUCAGGAAGAUUUGUGUUUGGUUGCUGGCAUAUGAAUGCUUAUUUAAUUUAGGGGUGAUAAUAAGUGAAGUGAAGUCAGAUUUAAGCGCUGAGAUGCUCUUUUCUGCCAAGCCAGUUGUCUAUGACCCGCAAAUUCACUGUAGUUUUGUUAGAACGAUAUAUGUAUGCCUGAGAUGUAUGUGGUUUUUCAAGUGCAAUAUCAGAUAAUUCUAUAACUAAUAAUGGAAACAGUUAACUGAAGAGAGGAAAUCACUUUAGGACUGAGAUUCAAUGAAACUACAAAACAACAUGCAAAUGGCUCCAGAAACCAUAACUAAUUCUCUUACCUGGCAGUCAGAUAUAUCUGUUGAGAAGAUUUGUUUUAUUGUAUUCAUUUCAGUUUAUGGGGCUAAAUCUGACCAUAGAAGCCUUCUAACACAGUUGUUCUGUCAAAGAGUAUGUGCUUUCACAUUAUGUGUCUAGCUAGCCCAAAGACUAAAACAAUUCUUUUUGAAUAUUGCUGUUGUUCUAGUUCCUGUAUUCCAGUUAAUUCUAGACUAGCAGCGAUGCCACAUCAUUAUCUUUAAGUAUGUAUUUAUUUGAAUUUGUUACCAGAAGGAUCACCAAAAUCAAAUGCAAAAAGCUAAUACCUGCUGUUCUGAAAUUCUGUUCUUUCAUUUAGCAUGCAAGGCUAAUAUUGCAAAUACUGAAAUAUAUAUCCCCAUAACAGCUAUUUUUUGUUGAUAGGAAUAUUACUGUUUUUAUUUUUUAUUGUGUUCUCUUUUUGGCUUGUAAAGGCAGGACUAAAGUGUAUACACACUAUGCUGUUUAAAUAUAAGCAGGGAUUAUGCUAAUAAAGACAUUCAUAUUAGUCUUUAUCAAGAUA